CUUUUCGGAGAGAAAAAAAAAAAACAUUCAAUGCGCUUUAAAAAUUAGUUCAUCGCAGACGAGCUGGAAGUAUUAGAUUUUUUUUUAAAAAAAAAAAAAAACUAUGUCAGAUUGCAUUAUUUAUUUUUAGUUUUAUUGGUGAUAUCCUCUGCAUGAUAUGUUGGUUGUGGAUCCCUUCUUAUUCGCGUCCUCCUGUCCUCUGCAUCUGUGUUUUGGAUACUCUUCAAAUUUUAGCAUCGCUGUAGGAAGCCGAAACCGAAUACUAGGUCGCCGAUUCGACUUUGCUCGACGAGAUAGAAUGGUCUCGAACCAUGGGCACAUGAGCCCGUCCGCCUUAAGGGGCUUAUAGUAUGUUCGACGGACCCACUUCUCAUCAACACAGGAUCAGAUCCAGGUUUGAGUAAAUAUAACUAACCGCGUCCUUUGUCACGUGGUGGAUUGGAUCUCCGACGAUGGCAUCGGCCCUGGCGGGAGAUGACCUGGCAAGGUCGACGAGCGGCCGUGGGAGCUGGGCAUCGAGCAGCCGCCGGAGCUUCUCAGCCUCGGGCAGCUUCAGGGAGGCUUGGCUGGCCCCACCUGAUGUGUUCAGCCGCAGCGGGCGGCAGCGUGAGCAUGAUGAUGAGGAGGAGCUCCGCUGGGCCGCUAUUGAGCGUCUCCCCACCUAUGACCGCCUUCGUAAGGGCAUGCUCCGGCAGGUCCUCGAUGAUGGCCAGGUCGUCCAUGGCGAGAUCGAUGUCAGGAAGCUCAAGAUGGAGGACAAGAAGCAGCUGAUGGAUAACAUCCUCAAGGUUGUCGAGGAGGACAACGAGAAGUUCCUCCGAAGGCUGAGGGCCAGAACCGACCGAGUCGGGGUUGAGAUUCCAAAAAUCGAAGUACGGUUCGAGCAUCUUUCUGUGGAGGGAGAUGUGUAUAUAGGAAGCAGAGCGAUUCCUACUCUGUUCAAUGCCACCAUUAACACAAUUGAGAGUCUCCUCGGGUUGAUUCGACUGGCACCGUCUAAGAAAAGGAAACUCCAGAUACUGAAAGAUAUAAGUGGAAUAAUCAAACCAUCGAGGAUGACGCUGCUUCUGGGACCACCAGGCGCUGGGAAAACAACGUUGUUGCUAGCACUUGCAGACAAGCUAGACGAUGAUUUAAGGAAAACUGGAAAAAUCACCUAUUGCGGCCAUGAGUUAAAUGAGUUCGUACCUCAAAGGACAUGCGCUUAUAUCAGUCAACAUGAUCUUCAUCAUGGGGAGAUGACUGUCAGAGAAACGUUAGAUUUCUCGGGGCGAUGUUUGGGCGUUGGGACAAGAUACGAGAUGCUUGCAGAGCUCUCAAGACGAGAAAAGGAUUCGGGAAUUAAGCCCGAUCCCGAGAUUGAUGCAUUCAUGAAAGCAACAGCACAGGCAGGGCAAGAGACUAGCUUGGUCACUGAUUACAUCCUAAAGAUACUCGGGUUGGAUAUUUGCGCAGACAUUAUGGUUGGUGAUGAAAUGAGACGGGGCAUUUCAGGUGGACAGAAGAAGCGUGUGACAACAGGAGAGAUGUUAGUUGGACCAGCAAAAGCGCUCUUCAUGGAUGAAAUCUCGACAGGAUUGGAUAGUUCAACGACCUUUCAGAUUGUCAAGUACAUGCGCCAGAUGGUCCACAUCAUGGAUGUGACCAUGUUAAUCUCACUCCUUCAACCGGCUCCUGAGACGUAUGAUCUCUUUGACGACAUCAUACUCCUUUCAGAGGGCCAGAUUGUCUACCAGGGUCCACGGGAUGAUGUCCUUGAGUUCUUCGAGUACAUGGGUUUCAAGUGCCCUGACAGAAAAGGGGUAGCCGACUUUUUGCAGGAAGUAACCUCUAAGAAGGACCAGGAGCAAUACUGGUACAGGAAGGAACAGCCCUACCAAUUUGUUUCCGUGCCGGACUUUGUCGAAGCAUUCAAGUCGUUCAGGAUUGGCGAUCAGCUCAUAAACGAGCUGCGGGAACCAUAUGACAAGUCCAAGACCCACCCAGCGGCGCUGGUAACAGAGAAGUAUGGAAUCCGGAACUGGGAACUCUUCAAGGCAUGCUUUGCUAGGGAGUGGCUUCUGAUGAAGCGUAACUCAUUCGUGUAUGUGUUCAAGACCACGCAGAUUACAAUCAUGUCCCUAAUUGCGAUGACAGUUUUCCUAAGAACACAGAUGCCAGUAGGGACAGUAGAAGAUGGGGGAAAAUUUUUUGGGGCUCUUUUCUUCAGCUUGAUCAAUGUGAUGUUCAAUGGGAUGGCAGAACUCGCAAUGACAGUUUUCAGGCUCCCGGUGUUCUACAAGCAAAGAGAUUUCCUGUUCUAUCCUCCGUGGGCAUUUGCGUUACCUAUCUGGGUCCUCAGAAUCCCAUUAUCUUUCUUGGAAUCGGGAAUUUGGAUCAUCCUUACAUACUACACUAUUGGUUUUGCUCCCGCAGCUAGCAGGUUCUUUCGCCAGUUCUUGGCCUUCUUCGGUAUACAUCAGAUGGCCCUGUCUCUCUUUCGAUUCAUUGCUGCAGUUGGAAGGACACAAGUUGUUGCAAGCACUCUCGGUACCUUUGCCUUGCUAAUGGUCUUCGUCCUUGGUGGCUUCAUCGUCGCCAAAAAUGACAUUCGUCCAUUCAUGUUGUGGGGCUAUUAUGUCUCUCCCAUGAUGUAUGGACAGAAUGCCAUAGUCAUGAACGAAUUCCUCGACAAAAGAUGGAGUGCGCCCAAUUUGGAUCCAAGAAUUAAUGAACCGACAGUGGGAAAGGUCCUCCUAAGCUCAAGAGGCUUCUUCACAGAAGAUUACUGGUUUUGGAUAUGCAUUGGAGCAUUGUUCGGGUUCUCUCUUCUAUUCAAUGUGUUAUUCAUCGGGGCGCUGACUUGGUUAAACCCAUUGGGAGAUUCGAAAACAGUGUUCUUGGACGAAGAAGAAGAAAAGAAGAAGAAGUCUUCUGCUCAACAGAGCUCGGAAGGUUUGGACAUGGAACUUCGAAGUUCGGCAGAAGUUAGCGGCAGCGGUCCCGAAAAAGGGCCAAGAAAAGGAAUGGUUUUGCCCUUCCAGCCACUUUCUCUGGCAUUCAACCACGUGAACUAUUUUGUUGAUAUGCCCGCUGAAAUGAAAAAACAAGGAGUUGUUGAAGAUCGUCUUCAACUGCUGAGGGAUGUCAGCGGUGCGUUCAGACCAGGCAUUCUGACAGCUCUAGUGGGAGUAAGCGGAGCCGGUAAGACAACCUUAAUGGAUGUGUUAGCUGGACGGAAAACUGGUGGUUACAUUGAGGGAAGCAUCAGCAUUUCCGGUUUUCCAAAGAACCAGGCAACCUUUGCUAGGAUCAGCGGCUACUGCGAACAGAAUGACAUUCACUCGCCAUAUGUCACCGUUUACGAGUCCCUCCUGUACUCGGCCUGGCUCCGUCUAUCAUCAGAUAUCAAGCCGAGUACUCGUAAGAUGUUUGUUGACGAAGUAAUGGACUUGGUAGAGCUGAACCCUCUGAGGGACGCACUGGUUGGCCUUCCGGGAGUAGACGGCCUCUCGACGGAGCAGAGGAAGAGGCUGACCAUAGCAGUGGAAUUGGUUGCUAACCCAUCUAUCAUCUUUAUGGACGAACCAACUUCUGGCCUCGAUGCUAGGGCUGCUGCUAUCGUUAUGAGAACUGUGAGGAAUACAGUUGACACUGGCAGAACCGUCGUUUGCACAAUCCACCAACCGAGCAUUGACAUUUUUGAAGCUUUCGACGAGUUACUAUUGAUGAAACGAGGAGGGCAAGUGAUAUACGCAGGACCACUCGGCCGCCAUUCCCACAGGCUCAUAGAGUACUUUGAGGCUGUACCCGGGGUUCCAAAGAUAAAGGAUGGCUGCAAUCCAGCCACUUGGAUGCUCGAUAUAAGUACACCUGCAGUCGAGGCUCAGCUUGGGGUAGAUUUUGCGGAUGUUUACGCGAAAUCCUCGCUUUACCAGAGGAACCAGGACCUGAUCAAGGAGCUUAGUACCCCGGCUCCGGGCACGAAAGAUCUUUACUUCCCAACGGAAUUCUCACAACCUUUUACCACUCAGUGCAUGGCCUGUUUCUGGAAACAACACUGGUCUUACUGGAGGAACCCGCAGUAUAACGCCAUUCGAUUCUUCAUGACAAUAGUCAUUGGCCUUCUGUUUGGUCUUAUCUUCUGGCAGAAAGGAGAUGAGACAGCCAAACAACAAGAUCUGUUGAAUCUCGUUGGGGCAAUGUAUGCUGCCGUGCUUUUCCUUGGAGCGACCAACGCGUCUUCAGUUCAGUCAAUUGUUGCCAUCGAGAGGACGGUUUUCUACCGUGAAAGAGCUGCUGGGAUGUACUCUCCACUACCAUACGCAUUCGCUCAUGUGGCAAUCGAGACAAUAUAUGUUGCGAUUCAGACAUUUGUUUACACUAUCAUCCUCUACUUGAUGAUCGGGUUCCAGUGGACGGCAGCAAAGUUCCUGUGGUUCUACUACUACAUUCUCUUGUGCUUCAUCUACUUCACCAUGUAUGGGAUGAUGGUUGUUGCGCUAACCCCCGGCGCUCAAGUUGCUGCUAUCGUCAUGUCCUUCUUCCUCAGCUUCUGGAAUUUGUUCUCCGGCUUUCUCAUCCCGAGGCCGCAAAUUCCUUUGUGGUGGAGGUGGUACUACUGGGCUUCACCGGUGGCAUGGACGAUCUACGGGCUUGUGACCACUCAGGUUGGAGACAAGAAUGUCGACCUUGUGAUCCCCGGAGCCGGUACCAUGCCUUUGAAGAUGUUCCUAAAACAGUAUUUUGGCUUCGAGUAUGACUUUCUGCCGGCCAUAGCAGUGGCUCACGUGUUGUGGUGCGUCCUCUUCUUCCUCGUCUUCGCCUAUGGCAUAAGGUUCCUCAAUUUCCAAAGGAGAUAGAGAUCAACCUCUCAGCAUUGAUUUGAUUUAUGCUUCCUAUUUGAAACUUCAUGAUACAAUCAGUUAAUGAAGGAAAGUUCAAUGUAGCAAACAAGAUAAUUUUUCCUUUUUCUUUUUUUUUCCUAAUUUUUAUUUUUUUCCUGUAAUUAGUGUUCUUUUCCCACACUGAAAACACAAUGGAAGAGAUUUUUGCUUAAUUGUAUGUAGGAGAUGUCGCUGCCGAUUGUUUCUUCAUA